UCAUACCACCACACGAUGCACACCUCACUUUCCACCUUUCGACAUUCCUUUGGCUUGGCUGUGCUCCUGAGAGAUGCUCCAACUCACAGAAUAACUCAUAGAAAAAGGCUUCAUCUCCUCAAGAGCCCCAGACACUCAUCAUCAGACCCAAGCACAACCUCGACAAUGUUAGAAAUAAUUCUCAUCACCUUCAUCAUCAUUACUUCAGUCUGUAGCUUCUCUCAAUCUUUGCCUUCUCCUCUUGUUUCGUUCCUCCAAAGCCUCCCUCCAUCUUCCCAGCAUCUUCUCAGCUGGAAUCAAUCCUCAAACCCCUGCAGUUGGCCUGGAAUCACCUGCACAUCCACAAACAUUCAGUCUGUUAACAUAUCGGGCCUCGGCAUUGAAGGCACUCUCUCAAAUUCUCUCCCUCGUCUCUGCAGACUUCCUGAAUUGGUUACCAUAGACUUCAGCCUCAACAAUUUCUCAGGCUCAAUCCCUCCUCAGCUCGGCAACUGCUCGAAACUGCAGACAAUUUCGCUAGAAGACAAUCUAUUAACGGGGCACAUUCCACCUGAGCUCUUCCUCUCUGGUCGACUUGUUAAGCUCGAUGUCGGUCGCAAUGCACUCACUGGGACAAUACCAGCUGAGGUAAAGUUCUCUCCUUUGCUUGAACAUGUUGGGUUCUAUUCCAACUGGCUUAACGGUGAGAUCCCAAAGGAGCUAUUCUCACUCCCGAAGCUUAGGCAUUUGUAUAUCAGUGUAAACAACCUCACUGGAAAAAUGCCUGAUUUCUCUUCUGAAUGUGUGAUUUCUGUACUUUAUGUUCAUAUGAAUAUGUUAUCUGGAGAGCUUCCUCUCAGUUUGUUUAACUGUCGGGACCUGACGGAGUUCAUUGCUUCUGACAACGAGCUCGACGGUGCAUUGCCUGAUAUGUUUUCAAGGGUUAAGAAGCUUGAGUGGUUUUUUCUUGAUGAUAACCGUUUUCGAGGAGAAAUCCCUCGGAGUUUGGGAAUGCUUGAGAAUUUGACUCUGCUUGUGCUUAAUUCUAAUUAUUUUGAUGGUUCUAUUCCUGACCAAAUUGGGGGCUGUAGAUCUUUAUCGCAGCUUUCGAUUUGGGGGAAUGAUCUUACUGGCCCUCUUCCUCCUUCGAUUGGUGAACUGAAGAGCCUGACUUCUCUGUUUCUUGCUCAGAAUCAGCUCUCAGGUCCUUUGCCUCCUGAGAUUGGUAACUGCAGCUCACUCACUGAGAUUGAGCUCCAAGAUAACCUAAUCACAGGAAAAGUACCAACAGAGAUCUAUAAGCUCAAAAAUCUUGAGAGGUUAUUGCUGUUCAAGAAUCAUCUGGAGGGGGGCAUCUCUUCAGAGAUCACAAAAUUGAGCAAUUUAGCAACUCUGCAGCUGUAUAACAACAGUUUAAGUGGCGACAUCCCGGAUGAGAUUACUCUUCUGAGGAAGCUGCAGUACAUUUCGAUGGCUUUCAAUAGUUUGAGUGGAGAAAUCCCUUGGGCUCUUGGAAAAGAUACUGUUGGUGGUUUGAUUAGUCUGGAUCUUACAGGAAACUAUCUUCAUGGCUCAAUUCCUCCAUACCUCUGCAACGGUAAUAGCCUCAAUAUAUUAGUAUGGGCGGAACCGUUAACCGUAGUUUUCCUGCUGAUAUAUUCUCUAUCUCAUUCCCUUAGGAGAGUGAUUCUCGCCAACAAUCGAUUUCAGGGAAACAUACCAGAAAAUUUGAGCCUGAAUCCUGGAAUUUCAUAUCUAGACCUCAGUAAUAAUUUGUUCAAAGGGAACAUUCCAUUGAAACUUGGUGCCUGGAACAAUCUCUCAAUGCUUGAUUUGUCGAAUAACUCUUUUGAUGGUUAUAUACCUUCUGAACUUGGUAGCCUUGAUAAUCUACAGAAGUUAAGGAUUUCUUCAAACAUGCUGACAGGACCGAUACCUUCUGCAUUAGGCAACUGUACAAAGCUUCUCAGCCUUGACCUCAGCUUGAAUUCUCUAUCAGGAAAAAUUCCGCUGGAGAUUGUACGAUUAGAAAAAUUGCAAAAUCUUGUUCUUUCAGGAAAUAAACUCACUGGAAAAAUUCCUGAUUCUUUUACUUCAACUCAGAGUCUUUUAGAGUUGCAACUUGGUGAUAACAUUCUCGAAGGUCAAAUCCCAGUCACUCUAGGCAAUCUUCAGUACAUUUAUCUGGCUCUAAACUUGAGUAACAAUAAACUGACAGGUGAAAUUCCUGCAACUUUCAGCAAUCUCUGUAAGCUGCAGGUUCUUGAUCUCUCGAGAAAUUCUCUAUCAGGUCAGAUACCAUUAGCAUUGAGUUCCAUGAUCUCACUUUCAUUUGUUAAUGUAUCAUUCAACCAAUUAUCCGGCAAUCUACCAGCCAACUGGAUUAAGCUUGUAGCACAAUUACCCAAUUCCUUUCAGGGGAAUCCGAACCUUAUCAUAAAUAAUGAAAUUGAGAAAAAACACAGAAGCAAAUCGACAUGGAGGAUUCCACUAGUGACAAUAGCUUGUAUCCUUUCACUCAUUGGAGGAGCGCUUUUAGCUUCGAGAUACUUAGCAGCUAGAAAAGCUCAUAAACUGUCAGCAGUUUCGAGAAUCUCAAAACGGGGGUUUGAUUCAACUGGAGGAUUGCCUGAAGAUUUGACGUACGAAGAUAUACUUCGAGUUACUGAAGAUUUGAGUGAUAAGUAUGUUAUUGGAAGAGGCCGAAAUGGGACUGUCUACAAGACAGAGUUUGGUAAAGGAAAAUGCUGGGCAUUGAAGAAGUUCAAUUUAUAUGAGUCAAGCUUUUUUCUCGAGAUGAAGAUUAUGAGUUUUGUAAGGCACCGGAAUCUUGUAAGAAUGGCUGGUUAUUGUUGCAGAGAUGGAUUCAGGAUGAUAAUAUAUGAAUAUAUGGCUGGUGGA